AUGGCCCAGCUCAGGGUCCUCAUCGUGGGCGCCUCGAUCGCCGGCCCGGCUGCGGCCUACUGGUUCGCCAAAGGCGGCGCAAGAGUGACCAUCAUCGAACGCUUCCCGCAACUCCGCACCAACGGCCAGAACGUGGACAUCCGCACCAUCGGCGUGACUGUCAUGUGCAAGAUGCCCGGCCUCGAAGAAGCCGUGCGAGCCAAAAGGUUGUCUCUAUCCGGCAUCAGCUUUGUCGACACCCACGACCGGCCCUUUGCCACUUUCCGUGCGACGGGCGACCCGGACCAACAAUCGCUUGUGUCCGAGUAUGAGAUCCUGCGGGGUGAUUUGUCGAGGAUUCUGUACGACAUGACUAGGACGCACGAGAAUGUUCAGUAUGUCUUUGGUGAACAGGUAGCUGCGUUCGACUACCACAGUGGGCCAGAUGGCCCCGUGACAGUAACCUUCGCCAACAACACCCUCCCCCCGACGGAAUUCGACCUCGUCGUGGCCGCGGACGGCGCAACCUCACGCACACGAGCACUAGCGUUGUCCUGUUCUGUCCGGGAACAUGCUCGUCCCACAGGGCUCUGGGCCGCCUAUUUUACGUUGACCAAAGACCUGAUCAAAGAAUCCGAGAUGGGCCACGCUUACAACGCGCCUGGCGGUCUGUUCAUCGCAGCCGGACAACACCCGUCCCAGCCGGGAUGCAGCCAAGUCACCAUCAUCCGCAACACCGGUUCUGAUGCUGGCAAUCCCAAUGAUCCCGGUUCCCUAGCUGCCUUCCGCUCAGCAACGGCCACAGCUACAACCACAACCAAAACAACCCCCAAAACCGAAACCAACCACCCACAAGACGACAAAAACCUCACCCUAACCACCCAACCCGAAGACAACACCGCCCCACUCCGCGCCUUCAUCGCCCACUCCAUCGCCAACAAGGGCUGGUACACCAACACCAUCGCCUCUGCCCUCCUCAACUCCUCUUCUCCCGGUCAUGGACAUGAAAGUUCCUCUUCUUCCGAACACGAGCACUCCUCUGAGCAUGGACAAGGACAAGAACAACCCCAAAUCCGCGACUUCUACACAACCGAAAUCUCCCAAAUCCACCUCCCUACUUUGUUUCAUAACUACCGCAUCGCCCUCCUCGGUGAUGCAGGCUACGCCCCCGGCCCCACGGGCGCGGGUACCUCGCUUGCGUUGGCGGGGGCGUAUUUCCUUGCUGGUGAGGUCUUCUCCCACCUCUCUAAGAGUGAUAGAAAUAAUGGAAGUGAGAAUCACGAUUUAAGUGCUGCGUUAAAGCGGUAUGAUGAGGUAAUGAAGCCGUUGGUGAAGGAACUGAGGCAGAUACCCUUCGGGUUGCGGGGGAUGAUGGCGCCGAGGACGGGAUGGGGGUUGAGGGUGAGGAAUUGGGUUAUGGGCUGGGUUUGUUGGGUGGGUGUUGUUGGGUGGGUGCAGGGGUGGAUUGCGAGGGGGGCUUUUGGGAGGAGGGGGGAAGAGGGGGCUAGGGAGUAUCAGUGGGAUGGGCCUGUAGAGUAA